AUGAUUGGUCCGUAUACUGGGUCAGAGGAGAUGCAGCAGACGAAGACAUUGUCACUGACGUCAUCCACAAGCCCAGGGACCACUAGACGGUCAUCACCAAGCCCAGGGACCACUAGACGGUCAUCACCAAGCCCAGGGACCACUAGACGGUCAUCACCAAACCCAGGGACCACUAGACGGUCAUCACCAAGCCCAGUAACCACUAGACGGUCAUCAUCAAGCCCAGGGACCACUAGACGGUCAUCACCAAGCCCAGGGACCACUAGAAGGUCAUCACCAAGCCCAGUAACCACUAGACGGUCAUCACCAAGCCCAGUAACCAUUAGACGGUCAUCAGCAAGCCCAUGGACCACUAGACGGUCAUCACCAAGCCCAAUAACCACUAGAUGGUCAUCAGCAAGCCCAGGGAUCACUAGACGGUCAUCACCAAGCCCAGGGACCACUAGAUGGUCAUCAGCAAGCCCAGGGACCACUAGAUGGUCAUCAGCACGCCCAGUGAUCACUAGACGGUCAUCAGCAAGCCCAGGGACUACUAGACGGUCAUCAGCAAGCCCAGGGACCACUAGACGGUCAUCACCAAGCCUAGUAACCACUAGACGGUCAUCACCAAGCCCAGGGACCACUAGACGGUCAUCAGCAAACCCAGAGACCACGAGCUGGUCACAAAUAAACCCAAAGAUCACGAGCUGGUCACAAACAAGCCCAGAAACUAGGAAUCACUCAACCUCGCGGAUCUUAGUUCCCCCGUUGAUCGAGCCUUGUGCAGAAAGGAGUUUCAAUCGAGUCAAAAAGAUGAGAAUGUUGAGUACUAGGACUCUAACUCUCGUGGUGCUGGUACUCUCCUCUGUUAUCCCAUCUACCAUAGCUUCAGCUGUAAGCGAUCUGGACACACUGAAGGAAGUUCAGAAUGCCCUGAACCACGCCAGUACGUCUGUGGACGGACUCAUCCACCUGGUUAAUGAGCUUGUUACUACCACUACUGAAAGGACUCCGUCAACCACCUCCCCACCACACACGUCCACCCUCACUAUUUACACCAGUGAAGACACAACAGAAACAUCUACAAAUAUUUCUUCAACAGAAUUUACUAAAGCAACAACACCGAGUGAGGAGACUAGUGAUACAUCUUCAAUAAGUACGACUUCUCUAACACCACCAACAACUAGUUCAACAUCUACAACAGAUCUAUGACUACGUCUACAGCACCACCAACAAC